CGAAUCCUCAACACCAUGGUCACCGACAACGAGGCGAUGAGAAGUGAUUUUGAGAAGCCGGGCGCGAAAUCGCAGGUCCGGCAACGGCUUGAUGCUGAGAUCGAUGCAAAAUGGGCGGAUCUGAUCCUUUUGGGCUGCUUCUUCUGUUCAGGCCUUAUCGACAGCAUGGCAUUCAAUAUGUAUGCAUGCUUUGUUAGUAUGCAGACAGGCAACACGAUCUUCGUCGGACUGGGAGUCAAUGGACAACCUGACUCAGCGCCUCGAUACUCCUGGGCGAAGUCUUUAGCAGCAAUCGUGUGCUUUGCACUUGGCGCACUGUUCUUCUCGACUCUCCAUCGAUUCUUUGGCCCUCAAAAGCGAUGGGUAUUGAUCUCGUCUUUCGCCAUACAGGCUCUCCUUAUCGCCAUCGUCGCCAUCAUCACCACGAUUCCAGUCAUUCCGAACCACCCACCUGUUGUGGUCACUCGCAAUGAUACUAAGUUCCUGACAUUCACCAUGCCGAGCACAUUCCCCGGAUCCGACUUCGCCGCUAUUACUAUCCUGGCCUUCCAGAGUGCUGGUCAAAUUGUGGCCAGUCGCACGCUGAAAUACAAUGCGAUGCCAACCGUGGUUUUGACAAGCUUGUACUGCGAUCUGAUGAGCGAUGCACAGCUGUUUACGGCACCAUUGGGUCAGAACGCUGACAGGAACCGUCGCUUCCUUGGAGCAGUACUCCUCUUAUGCGGUGCGAUAUCAGGUGCUUUCCUGACAAAGUCUGAUGCUGGGUUCAAGGGCGGCCUGUGGAUUGCAGUCGGCAUCAAAGUCAUAAUGACUAUAGCCUGGUUCUUCUGGAAGCAGAAGAAGGUUGUUGCGAAGUAGAG